AUCGAUUCUCUUGGGAAAGAGUCGAUCACACACAAACGGUUCGUUCUCGGACAGGGAGCGGAUCAGAGCGCGAGCGCUCAGUUCAGCUGUGAGAAUUGUGUCAAAAGCAGGAAAUAUAAUAACGGAGGAGAAGUUAAGAAGAACAGCACGGAAAUUACACCUGCACAGGGAACGAGAGACCAAACACUGAACUGAACCAAACUGAGGGGAGGACAGAGAGUGAAAGAAGACACCUAGUGCCAAGCACCAUGGAAGAGUUUAAAGUCCAGAGCGCUAAGCACCCCACACCAAACAGCACACCUCUACGUGUUCCCAGCGAGCACUCCCGAGAGCGAGCCAAGCGUCUCUCCACAGAGUCUAAUGGGACCAGCGAAGGAGCAGCCGGCUCCAGGACCCCGGUAGAGCUCACGCCACUAGAAGAGGCUUUUAGACGCUUCGCCAUCCACGGAGACACCCGCGCCACCGGGAAAGACAUGCACGGCAAGAACUGGUCCAAAUUGUGCAAGGACUGCGGCGUCAUAGACAACAAAUUCAUCACCCUCACGGACGUAGACAUCGUCUUCUCAAAAGUCAAGAACAAAUCAGCCCGCACCAUCACGUACAACCAGUUCAAGGAGGCUCUUUCUGAAUUAGCCAUUAAGCGCUUCAAAGAUAAAACCGGCGAGGAAGCAGCGGAGGAGGUCUUCAAGAUGAUCGAAGGGAAGUCGCCAGUUAUAUCUGGAGUUACGAGAGCUGUGGCAUCCCCCACCGUAUCCCGUCUGACCGACACAACCAAGUUCACCGGUUCUCAUAAGGAGCGUUUUGACGAGACAGGCCGUGGGAAAGGCAAAGCGGGCCGCGUCGACAUGGUCGACAAAUCCGGCUACGUCUCUGGCUACAAACAUGCAGGGUCUUACGAGAAGAAAGUCCAGGGCAAACCAUAAUAAAAACCCAUGUAAACAACCCCCCUGUUCCAUGAACACACAUGGCAGGUGGGGAGAGAGAGAAAGGAGGAAAGAGGGGAAAAAUAAAAUAAAAAAAAAAAGCACAACAGGAUAAUAUUUGCUAUUUCUGUUUGUUUAUAUCUGCAUAAUUUUUUUUCUGUGAAAGAGAUUUGUUUCCCGCGAUGUUGGAGAACUGGAACAACGUUUACAUCGACAGACAAGAGACGCGGCCGGCUGGUACAUUCCUUGACAAGAACAGAGAUUAUCAUCAUACGCUUUCAGAAGUAAAUUUCAAAAGGGCAGGAAAGAACGGAGAACACAGAUAUCCUAAGGAGUCGUGAACGAUGACGUAAAGUUCGACAAGAAAAACGUUUGACCAAACGUCUACAUUAGCAUGUACGAGGUCUAAUCAAACCGUUCGUUACAGACAGCACAAAGGAGGCAGCGAACUGCUCUGUAUGGAAGUUCUUCCAGGAACAAACCAUAAGACAGAAAUAAAUGUAGGUCUGUUAAGCCUUUAAGCUUGUCCUUAUGGCUUUAUCCCAGAAUUGUUAGAAACUUUUUAAUGGAUUUUAGCUACACA